AUGGCAUUUUCAGGGCGUUCGGUGGCAAAGUUGGAUAUAUUACUGCAUGACCCAAUGCCAAACAAGCAGAAUUUUAUGGACUUGACAACGGACAGUGGCUUUUGUUUGGCACUCACUGCCAUUCUGAACAUGAAGUUUGACAACAGCUUCUGCGUCAUUGGGCUAUUAUGUUCCAGCUUCGUUGCCAUCAAUGCUGGUACGCAUCUGAGAUCAUUGAUCAAUCCACUGGGAGAUGAAUCCCGCAGUCAUGUUCGGCUGGGAAAUUGUCUUGCUAGCAGGGUGGCUCUCCUUUUGAUGGCCUUGCAGGCGGUGGGAGCUGCGUGGAUGGUAGAGCAACCCAUCAGCAGCCUUGCUUGGUACCAUCCCAGACUACGACGCAUCUUACGGACUUUCACAAAGGUGUAUGUCUGCCGAUGGUGGAUGGGUCAUUACAAGUCAUGCACACCUAAACGACAUAUCUGCUGGUCAAAUUCCAAGAAGAUCGGUGGUUUGGAUAGAGGCUCCCUAACGAAGGAUCAACGAAAGGAAAUCCGUCGCACUGGGGUGAAGAGUGCAAAAGUGAAGACCAACAAGAAGGGCAAGAAAUCUUACUCGGGCACCUCAAGCCUUCGUGCUACUGGGACGUAUCCACCACACUUUGGCCUUCGCUUGGUGAAGCUUUUUCCCUUUCUUGUGGAGAACAAGUCCCCGGCCCCAGAGAUCCCUGCCUCUUUUGCCGAAAUGGAAACAAAGGAUUUCUUUGAUGGCCUGCCAUGGGGUGAUGAUGUUUGGGAGGAUGCUGACAUGGUAUCCUGCCUAGCUUAUGUUCGGGGAAAUCGUGACCUCAACAUUGGGGAAUGGCGAGAUUCCUUCCCUGAAGCGUUAACAGCCUUGGGUGAGCUGUUGAAGGCUGUUGCAUCGGAAUAUGAAAAGGCAAUUGCCUCACUGAAGCAACAGAAUGCUGAAGAUGGGGAUGCUGAGGCAACUGAAGCGGAGUUGGCAGCUGCCAGAAAGAAAUCUGCGAUGGACCCAAAGAAUCUCAAGAAGACCAAUCCCCCGAAGAAUGAUGCACGUUCAAAGGACCGUGAUGUUGCAUCUAAGAGCAAGAGUCAAACCCAUGUGGCCCCUGUUGCUAAGAAGACUGUUCCAGCACCGUCAUCGGCCCCGGCCGGUCCUUCCCAGCCUUCCAAGCGCCACCGUUCCAAGUCUUCUCCUUUGGAUGCAUCGACACCUGCAGAUGAUCUUGCCAAGGUCAACAAAGAUCUCAUGUCCCAGCUCGCAGCUAUGCAGAAGAAGUUGGAUGCUGCCACCAAGGGAUCUGAUUCAUCCCGGGCUUCAGUGAAGACACCAAUGAAGACACCCUCAAAUCCCAAAAGGCGUGCUCCCUCCCCAGUGACAGCCUCGGAAGGUUCUUCCGAUGCUGAUGCCUCGGGGGAGUCGGAAGAUGGUGACAAGGGUUGCGAGGGGUCAGACAAGGAACCCACUGAUGCAUUCCUGACACGUCUGGUGCGGCAAAGUGAAAGGCUGAACAAGAGCACCCGAACGAAGAAGAGACGUUGGCUCACGGAGGAGAUGAUGAGGACAACGCUGGGUUGGUCAAAGUACCCUGGUUUCUUUAAAAAGAUUGCAAUAUAA